CCUGAAGUUCAGUUAAGUUUCAAGUCCUGUUUUGUUCGUCUCCGGUUGAAGAACAAUAAUGAUUCUUCAGGUCUUUGCUCUCGGAUUCGCCUUCGCCGCUGUCGCAGGCCAAAGGAUUACAACAAUACAAUUAGAUGGAGUGCAAUAUUUUAUAAGUAGAAUGAACCCUUACUCUCCCGAGUUGAAUUAUUUCCUCGCUUACCAAUAUUGUCGAUCGAUCGGUCUUCAGCUAGCAUCUUUUGAAACUAAGGAGAAAUCAGAUUCCAUCAUGCAGUACCUCAACAAUGCCGGAUACAACAAAUACGAUUUUUGGACGUCUGGCAAUAGGCUCGGCACUGACAUGCUUAUCUGGUUGAGCACGGGUCUGCCUUUCAACGCUACGUUUGAUUAUAUGAAAAAGAAACCCGGAGACGACAUGCCAGUAGCGAGGCAGCUGGGCGCCGUCGAACAAAGGAAGGACAGCGGAUCGGCGAACGGUUGCGUUACCCUCGCCGCGCCCGAAUUGCAAUGGGACACCGACGACUGCACGAAAAUAAAGGAUUUCAUUUGCGAACAGACGAGGUGCUACUACUACAACUACGGCUCUAUUCCUGUCUCCUCGGCUCAGGGGACUAUUAAAGGAAAACCGAGCACUCCACCUUUACGGCCGAUGGAGGAUACUCCGACGUCCGAAACAACAGCGGACAGCACCUAUUCUUCAACUUCAUCUUCUUCCACUCAGUCUUCCCAGACGACCUCUUCUUCUUUCACAUCGACCACAGUAAACGAGCAGCAGACUACAUUUGGAUUCAACACAGACAACGAUCUCGACUCGACCACCCAGGCCCAAACGUCGUCUCUCUUUAAAGCACGUACUCUCACAAGGACCCAACAGGUGGAAACCGAAGACGCUCCUUCCGAAGAGAGCGUCCCCUGGUCCUGGGCGAGAAACAUCAUGCUUGAGAAACCUGUACUAAAAAAGACUGCUAAUCUGUAAACUGUAUUUUGUUGUUAAAAAAAAUAAAUAAGCCAACAGUUUACUUUUAUUAUUUAAGAAAAUGACUGAGCAGUAAAAUAAAAAUUUAUAAUCAAAUCCAAUUUUUUGAAUCUUAUUUGUAGCAAAUAAAUGUGUGAAAUAUUGAUUUAUGAUAAAUCGAAACAUAUUUUGCUUAAUGUUCGUUUGCAUGCUUAUAGUUAGAUAUAGAAUGUUUAGUUAGUUUUGGCAAAAAAAUCAGUCUAGGAUACAUUUUUUUCUCACGUUUAAAUGAAUUGUCGUUAUUAAGUAAUUGCAUAAAAAAGCAAUUUUUGACUAUUUUCUAAGAAAGAUUGAACAGUUCCAUUGUAACAUGUAUUUAAAAAAUCUAUUAUAUCCCAAAUGUAAGACUUAGAAACGAAAUAAAACGACUUAUCAAAUCA